CAAAUGAUGUGAACAACAACAACAAUAUGGAGAUAUCAAAAUUGAAAACCAAUUGAUUUAAUUUAUUCGUCAUUUUGGGCUAGACAUAUGUAUUGUUGUUUAUUGGAUGCUCAGGAUGAUAAAUUGCUUAUUCAUAAGAUAACUAAUUACAAGUAUCGGAUAAUGAGAUAUUAUUUAUGAAAAGUAGAAAAAUAAUUAAAUCCGGUGAAAAUGUACAGAAGAAUAGAAUAUCUAUACCGGUAUAUAUCAGUAACAGCCUAAACUAGUAUUCAUAAAAUCCACUGUGUAAAUAUUUAUUGAUCCAUCAUUCAAUUAAGCGCUGUAUAUAUCAUUUGCGAAUAUUUAUUUCAAUUGUUUUAGCAGAGUGAAGAUGCUUUAAUUCAAACUGAGAAAUCAACAGAAAUCAAAAUUGCAAUGGCAGUGGCCGAGAGAAUGGAUUGGAUGCUUGGACAAGUUGAAAAUCAUCUCGAGGCACAUGUUUCAAAUAUCAUUGGCCGUAUGGAUUCUGAUAAAAAGCAGGUCGACACUACGACAGAACCUCCAUAUUGCAUGAAGGAAAAUGAUGUGAGACCUAUAUCAAUCGACCAAAGUCUUGACCAUAACGAGAGGAUUGACAUCAGAGAAAUUGAAUCAAGAGCAACUUACGUUGUGGAUUCUGAUUUUACUGAUGUGUCUUCACUGCCUUCAAUUGAUGAUGACUCAUGCUGCCACUUUGUGGAUGAAAUUUUGAAUACCAAAUUGGACUACGUUGAUAGAGAUAUGCGUUCAAGAGCGACAUAUAUUGUAGGACUUGAACAAGACGGUUCAUUGGGUGAACGAAUCAAUAUCGAGGAAAAACCCGAAACUCCAAUUGAAGAUAUCAUAAACGAAAUAUUGGAAAAUACUGAAAGUUUGGUAAAUGAAGAUAAUAAGAGACAUGACAAUGGAAUUAAAAAGGCAAAUUCAGAUUCAAAAGAAGAUACUAAAGAAUUUGACAUUGACAAAUUCAUUGAGGAUUUUAUUUCCGAAUCUGGGUGAUAACAUCGACAUCCAGUAACCAAGUCGGCGACAAAAAUGGAUGGCGUAAUUUUCUCAAAUCAGAUGAAGAAGUACUACAAAGAGGCAAACGCAUCAAGUGUUGUUUCACUGAUGCCUAAUAUGAUCAUUGUACUGUUUUGUUGUUUUCGUUACAUAAUGUACUGACAAUAAAAAAUAUAUUUUUAUC